CAAGAUUUCAGAUAUCUUGCCUGGACACCUGAAACCAUUUCAUUCUCUAGAAACUUUAGACCUGAGCAACAACAAUAUUUCUGUGCUUAACAUGGAAUCAUUUCCUCCUCUGGUACUCAAGCACUUGCACAUUAACAAUAAUCGAAUAAUCUCCCUAGAACCAGGUACUUUUGACAACCUGUCUAACACACUUCAAGUAUUGAGGCUGAACAGGAACCGCAUUUCAGCCAUCCCACAAAAGAUGUUUAAACUUCCUCAUCUCCAACACCUAGAGAUGAACCGCAACAAAAUUAGAAAAAUCGAUGGGCUAACUUUUCAAGGACUUCCUUCUUUGAAAUCCUUACGAAUACAGAGAAAUGGGCUAGCCAGGCUAAUGGAUGGAGCUUUCUGGGGAUUAAGUAACAUGGAAAUACUGCAGCUGGAUCAUAACAACCUAACAGAGAUCACCAAAGGCUGGCUUUAUGGCUUGCUCAUGUUGCAGCAACUUCAUCUUAGCCAAAACUCUAUCAGCAGGAUCAGCCCUGAUGCCUGGGAGUUUUGCCAAAAACUCAGUGAGCUGGACUUAACUUAUAAUAAUUUAGCAAGACUAGAGGAUUCAAGCUUUGUUGGGCUAAGCUUGCUGGUGAGACUGAGCAUUGGAAACAACAAAGUGAGCUACAUUGCUGAUUGUGCCUUCCGGGGACUAUCCAGUUUACAAACGCUGGAUCUUAAAAAUAAUGAAAUCUCAUGGACAAUUGAAGAUAUGAAUGGUGCUUUUUCUGGACUUGACAAGCUUAGAUGGCUAGAUUUAAGUAACAAUGCAAUCAUGUCCGUGCAAGGGAACACAUUUUCACAAAUGAAGAAACUAAAAGAAUUGUAUCUAAACACAUCAAGCCUUUUGUGUGAUUGCCAGCUGAAAUGGCUACCUGAGUGGCUGGUAGACAAUAACUUUGAGACUUUUGUAAAUGCUACAUGUGCUCACCCUCAGAUACUAAAAGGAAGAAGUGUUUUUGCUGUUAGCCUUGAUGGUUUUGUGUGUGAUGAUUUUCCAAAGCCACAGAUAACCGUCCAGCCUGAAACGCAAUCAGCAAUCAAAGGCUCCAAUUUAAGUUUUAUCUGUUCAGCUGCCAGCAGCAGUGAUUCUCCAAUGACUUUUGCAUGGAAGAAGGACAAUGAAUUGCUGCAUGAUGCUGAAAUGGAGAAUUAUGCGCACCUCAGAGCCCAGGGAGGUGAAGUGAUGGAAUACACCACCAUUCUUAGGCUGCGCCAUGUGGAUUUCAGUAAUGAAGGAAAAUACCAGUGUGUGAUUUCAAAUCAUUUUGGCUCAUCCUACUCCGUCAAAGCCAAACUUACAGUGAACAUGCUUCCUUCAUUUACCAAGAUGCCCAUGGACCUCACCAUUCGCGCGGGGGCAAUGGCGCGACUGGAAUGUGCUGCGGUGGGUCACCCCGUGCCGCAGAUCGCUUGGCAGAAAGACGGCGGCACUGACUUCCCUGCAGCACGCAAGCGGCGCAUGCAUGUCAUGCCAGAGGAUGAUGUGUUCUUCAUUGUGGAUGUCAAAAUUGAGGAUACUGGUGUCUACAGCUGCACAGCCCAAAAUACUGCUGGGAGCAUUUCUGCUAAUGCAACAUUAACAGUAUUAGAAACACCCUCCUUCUUGCGGCCCUUGCUGGACCGAACUGUGACGAAAGGUGAAACAGCUGUCUUGCAGUGCAUUGCCGGGGGCAGUCCUCCCCCUCGGCUUAAUUGGACCAAGGAUGACAACACUUUGGUAGUGACGGAGAGGCAUUUCUUUGCCGCAGGAAAUCAGCUGCUUAUCAUUGUUGACACAGACUUUGAGGAUGCGGGGAAGUACACGUGUGAAAUGUCCAAUACUCUUGGGACAGAAAGGGGAAAUAUUCGCCUCCAUGUAAUUCCCACACCCACCUGCGAUUCUCCGCAGAAUGCCGCACCAGCCCUGGAUGAUGACGGAUGGGCCACGGUGGGCGUUGUGAUCAUAGCUGUGGUGUGCUGCGUGGUGGGCACUUCCCUUGUGUGGGUGGUCAUCAUCUACCACACAAGGAGAAGAAAUGAAGAUUGCAGCAUCACAAACACAGAUGAGACCAAUCUGCCUGCUGAUAUUCCAAGCUAUCUGUCAUCCCAAGGAACUCUUGCUGAAAGACAAGAUGGAUACGGGUCAUCAGAAAAUGGAAGCCAGCAUCACUUCGUAUCAUCUCCAGCUAUGGGAGGAUAUUUUUUACAACAAAGAGAAAGCAGCGGGAUUUGCCAUAUGGAUAAUUGCAGUGAAAAUGACCUGGAAGCUGUAACAGAUCCAUUUUUAUGUCAUUAUCUGGGACCUUCAGGAAGUAUGUAUUUGAAAGGAAACAUUUGUAGCCCAGAUAUGUUUGAAGUAUACCACACAGGAUGCAACACAGAGCAAACAGCAAUCUGCACAGACUUUUAUGAUUCAAGCUGCCUAAAGAAAAAGGAAUGUUACUCUCCUUCCCAUUCACCUGAAGAUCCUUUUGACCAAUAUAUAAACAUUUCUGGAAUACAUACUCCAAGUACUAAAUUGCUUCCAUCUGUUUACAUGCAAAGUGAAGAAAAUGGAAUAAGAAGCUCACAUCUAAAUGUGGAUGCAUGUGAUCUUAAGAGAAACCCAGAGCUGUCUUCCAGUACCGCAAGCAGUACUUUCAUGGGAACAUUUGGAAAAUCUAUCUGGAGACAUCAGCUGGAUUCCUUCCCAAGCUGUACGAAGCCACCAGUUUGGCAACCAAAAACCUCCCAAAAUCAUCCUCACGAAUCAUUGAACUUUGACUCAGAGUCUGAGGAUGACAAUAGUAAGGACAGGACGUUUCCUGAUGUGGACAAUGGUCAUUGUAUUUACAGACAGGCGGCUGAAAAUUUUAGGACUCCUACUUUUCAUUCAUUUGAGUUGGAUACAUAGCUUUGUGCUGCCAGAGCUACCCAGAACUGAUUUGCUGAACCAAAGGAAUAUACUACCUCAAAGUUGCCUUUAUUUAAAAAAAGGAAAAGGGACA